GGACCUUGAUACUCAUCGCAAGAUUUGCAAAUAAGUACUAGUUUUUGACAGCUGAGUAAAAUCCGCAAUUAAAGCUGAGUAAAGAAGAUACAAUAACAAUGGCAACUACAGCCACUACCACGACGACGACUAAUGGGGCUGCAGCGUCUGCCGCAAAUGUGGCAACGUCUGCGGCCACAGGAGGCCCAAGUCCACGGAGCUUUGGACAGGCAGGAUCUUUCGGAGCACCUCAAGGCUCACUGCUUUCUUAAGACUAGAAAUAUAGUUUUUAGGUUACUUCUAAGCUCAAUAUCGAAACUCGAAUUAAUUUAGUGGGUGAAGUAUAUUCUUGCUCAACAUUGCAAUCAGGAGUACUUCUACACCAGAUGCAGUAUGAGUUUGAAGGUACUCGAAAACUGAAAAUAGCCGAGUUACUGACUGACAUAUGGGAGGUAGCUUUGACAGGGCUACUCUUCCUUGUUCCGUAUCUCGCUUAUAUUUUCAGUAGUUACAACUCGUUUAUUUCAGGUUAUCGAAUAGUUGUUAUCUCGUUAUAGGACUCACUCUUUCAACAUUUCUCCCAACUUCCUGCGCUUCGCGACAAGCUUCGUGCUGGCAGUACUAUUUUCACCCAUCUUUUGUCUCUAGUAUGUCUCCGUGUCCAAGACCUUCUCCUUCUAAUUCCCGCCUCUGCAAACCUUUCGUCAUCGCGCGGGUGGUGGUUCGCUACUACGGCGUGGCGCGUCGCCGAAUCUGUCACCUAGGACGUUGGUCGUUGGCUUUAACCCGACAGGCAGUUUGAAUCAAAGGCUAAGGCCGGCGCCGAUUCCGGGUACAGAAUCCCUUUUUAGAUUUCGUGUUAGGACAACAUGUAAUAUGUUACUUAGGUGUUUAGUUAUAAGGAUAUACUUAUUCGAUCAUAGUUGUUUCUGAGUUCUAGUUAGUUCUACUACUUCAGUUCUCCUUGAUAGUGUAGAAGUCGUCUAGCAUAAAAGAAUGGUCUAGCAUAAAAGAACAAGUAGCCACUGGCUACUUGUUCUUUUAUGGAAGUGGGUCUUUUGAUUGAAUUCAUCACUCUUUUGAUUCCUCAUCAAGAACUCUCGUCGUUGGUUUCACAAUGAGUUUCAAUCUUUCAGCAUCAUCAUCAACGGGCGGCACGCCUCAGCAGGGAGCUGAUGCUUCUAGUAGCAAAACAAAGCUCGAACCAACAGUGCCCCAACUGGAUUCGGCUGCAUUGGGUAUUUGUGAUUCUUCUGACUUUAUUUUCACAGUUUUUGCCCUGUUCUUUCUGCUUCAAAGUUUCUUUUCAUCACUUGGGAGAAGCUAAACCUCUCGCGACCCAUAUGACAUCAUUGGUCACAACUUCUCUGUCUAUCGAAGAAAUCCUUGACGAGAGUAUGACUUCCGAAGAACAAACAGGUCAAUCUUCUUCGGAAGUGUUCAAGCCCUCAGCGCGUGCGGGGUCAUCGUUUCUAUCCCAAGCUUUUGGCGCACUGCCUCCAAGACAGCUGUCUACUAUUAAGGCAUUCAACAAGAUGGGAAAUCGAAAUUCUGACUAAGACAGCUGUCUACGGUUAAGACAGCUGUCUACUCUGAAGAUGGGAAAUCGAAAUUCUGAUAAUUUGUCUUGUUUCGAGGAAGUCUUGAACAGACUCAUCUAACAAAAGGCAGUUUCUAGCGACGCCUGAAGGCGAUAAGCAAGCAAAAGCGGAGAGUCAAAGCUACAUGACCUCACCCGGAGGAGGGGUGGGGCCUUUUGCCAGCUCCCGCUUUCGGUCAAUAAGUCCCAACUCGGAAAUCCGUCUAGGAUUUGGCGCCAGUCCAUGGGCAAAGCCAAGACAACCCGUUCAGGCAAGUCCUGAGCUAGGAACGCGUGGAUCGCUCCAACAGUAUCAGAGUUUGCUCAACUCAGCAGAAAAACAAUCGGGCGGGGGGACGAAAAUUAUGUGUCUCAAUUACACGUUGACUUUCUUUUUCAUAUUCAUUAGUGUGUGUCUCAAAUACAAUUGGUGUAUUUGUUUCCGAUUUUCAACUAUUGCACACUUUCUAAUUAACAAGUGCCAAUUCUCAACCAACAUACUGUUCUCGUUACAAAUUCGUAUUCGCACUCAUCUGAUGAUGAUGAUCAUCAUCUGCUUCUGCAGCCGCCUCUAAGAUCUGUAGUUACACGACAUUACCAAAUGCAGCAACUACAUCCACUGCCAGCGCGUCGUCAUCCAUGGGGAUGUUUAGACAUGUUGUUUCAGGCGCCAAGAGCAAUAUUUUUUCGGUGGCAGCGGGAGUCGGGCAUACUUUUGGCGGAGAUCAGACAGCAAAACCGGAGAAGUUAAGACUCUCUCACCACACAGUCCUAGCUACAGAAUCUUAGCCACACUAGUCCAAUUCUGUAGCUAGAUAAUCAAACUCUUCUACUUUGUUCAAAACAAAAAAGAGGCAUUUUGGACAAAGGAGUGGGCCGCUCUCUUCUUACGGUACACUAGUGGUAAAUCUAUGAUCGACGCUCGAAGAUGCUAGCUUCCCGCGGUGAUUCAAGUCCCCACCAGGUCUUCCUCCUGCUGAAUAUAGUAUCCAGAACGUCUCUUCUAAGAAAUGUACCAAGCAGCAAGAACACGAUCGUCAACGCGAAUUCGACUGCGUCGACGCCAGCGAGUGUGGCGGGUGAGCAUCAAUCUUCUAGUUGUAGUGUCGCAGCAGAUGCGUCUUCUUGGAGUAGCGCCACUGGAGCAGGAACUACUAACGGAACAACCGUUAAGGCUUCCCCUAAAAAUGGUCCAUCUUCUUCUUCAGAGAAGUCAUCCUAGGAGAUGAUUAGAGGCUUUUCAAGCGUAAAAUUAAAAGUCUUGUCUCCUUGUUGAAAAUGUCCGGGAUGUUGAGUCUCAAGAAGAUGGAUAAUUGUGGUGCGCUCUAAUAGUAGCGGAACAACCUCCGGAAGAGCGCCAACAGGCACAGCAGUCUCCACAUCCUCAGCACAACAGCAGCCUCCUUCAUCCUCGUCCUCCAUGAGUACAACAACAACUUCUAGUAACACUGCUGGAAAUCAUGUCAACAUGAGCGGGGCAGGGUUGCCACCUACAACUACAAACGUCAUGAGCGGAGCAGGGUUGCCGCCUUGUCUUCCCGGAGGUGGAGGUCGUCGGCCUAGUAUCUCUAUAGGGCCAGCUGGAGCGAUACAUACGCCAAUCGGCCAGAUCAUCUUGAAUCGCUCUCCCUCUGCGCUCAAAAGCAUUGUACCUACGGCAAGCUACGUGGAAAGACAGAUCAAGACGCAGGGUUCUGAUACUGUUAAGGGUAGGUUCGUUAAGGGUGUUCCAAUUGUGCCGUUUGCUUUGCCCCUCGUAAGGGAGAAAGCCAUAGCAAACGGGGAACAGGAGAAACACCGAGAGCGUGCCUCUAAUGAUAGUAUCACAAAUAAAACGGGAGAAGCCAGCACUUCUAUUAAACCUAGCGCAACUGGUCCUGCGCAGUCUACCAGUUGUACCAGAACAGCGACAGCUAGUACAUCCAAAACUUCUCCCAGUGCUUCUACUGCAACCUCCAAUGGCGCUGAAGGAGUGCAACGAUCCUCUCAGUCCAUUCCGCUUCGUGCCACUGCUCAACCGAACGGCGCAACAGUUGCAACAUUAAGGGGUUCCACAUUGCCUUCCUCACUACCCUCCUUGCCUUGUUUUCCAGUAGGAAAGAAGUCAGGGGGUUCUGAGGAAUGCAAGAAUGGCGCAACCUCGAACAACAGGAGGAGGCGAUCAUGGUCACGGGGGAGGCACUAGAGGGGCGCCAAAUAGCGAAUCCAAAGCGCUGAACAAAAGUGCUAGCUCCGUUAGAAUGGCCAGUUGGAGCGCCAGAAAUGAGUAUCAUCCAACAAACAACAACAAACAAGCGACAACUGUAGCAUCUUCUAGGACAACUUCCCGUGAGCCACCGCCACAUCCAGCGAACAAUAGUACUAGUGCCGCUGCUAAUUAUCACGCAGUUGGAUCACGUUUUUUGAAUUAUGCGUCUUCGACGGCAGGUGCUUCUAGGGGUACUAGUGCUACUGGUGCUGGGACAACUCUACAACAACAGCGAUCGUUUCUUGGGCAACAGAACAAUACGAGUUAUUUUUAAGGCUAGAAAUCCAUCUUCCCGAGCAUCUUGGUCCCGUUUUUAGAGGUAGGAUCCGAUGAGGGAUUUCCCGCAGCUCUAAUAUUUGAGUCCACCAUCAAGCACUCGCCUCGGUCUCGGUUUUACAAGUGGGGUCUCGGGUCUUCUACCUGGUGCGUCACCUUUGCUCAGUGGUCGUGGUGGUCGCCCGCCUUUACUCGGUGCCGUAGAAGCGCGACCUCCAGCAAGUGCGCGGGGAUACAGCCAACAAGUGCACAGAGAACAACUAAGGAAAACAAGUAAACCACCUGUUGCCAGUGCAAACACGAGCAUCAGUAGUGCGAAGUCGACAGCAACGACAACUACGUCCUCUAAGGGAACGACCACGACUGUAGCUGCUUCUAGUACAAGUACAAUGAGCAAAGAAGCGCCGUCAGAGACAGCAGCAGCUACUGCUAGAGCGCGUGGCCCUGUUCCCAAAGCCGCACUGCGCAGUAGUAGUCAAGUGCCGCUUCAUAGCACGGGGCAGGCGCAGGCCAAGGGCAACGCAUCAGCCAACAAUGCUCAGACCACAGCUACUUCUUCGACAGCACAACCCACUACAGCUACGGCGUGCUCCAACAAGUUUGGGACUGCAGAUCCGGUAGGUAUCAUGAUGAACACGAGGCGAGAGUUCAUGAGUCAAUUACGGGCACCGCCAACCCAUCUUUUACAGCAUCUUACUUUUCAGCCGUUUUCGACUUGAAAAGAUGUGCAAAAAGAACAUGUGCAAAAAGAUGGGCUCUUGGUGCCUCUAAGCCAAGGAUUAGGCGCUAUACAUCGCGGCCCGAGUCCCACUGCAGCAUUAGUACAGGCUUGUCCUCCAGGACAGACGAUGGCACCGAGAGGAACCAGUUGGCAAAGAGGACCCAGCCCAGGAUGGUACUUCUACUUGUCAUGAUUGAUAUUUAUUUCUCUCGCCUGUUGCAGGCGAACUACUCGUUUGAUCAUGAAAAAGUACGUUUUUGAGAUUCUAAGGACAACAAGACUUUUUGUGACUAGAAUUUGCGUUCGCCUCUCUGUUCAUUGAUUUGCUACUGCGUCAAAGGAAGUGUGGAUCUAUCUCAUCACAAUAGGGCAGCGGGCGGCGUUUCGCUUGGCGCUAGUUUUUUGCAGUUAGGAGCCAGUACAAGGGCCCAGUCUCCGCCUCUUCUUUCCGCACGAGCCCAUAAAGUGACUGGAUUUAUUCGUGCUAGGGGUCCGGCAGGCGCAAGCUUGUUGCCGCCAGUACCCAAUGAACACGACGCUGGAGCAACUGUCGAGGACCAGAAGAACACUGUACUGUACUGUACUGUGUGUGACUGAGAUCACUCUAGUUUUAAAGAUUAAACUCAAUUCAUAUCGAUAAGACAACACAGGGAGUACUCCUAAAAACAGUACAAAAGUACAUUCGUGAUGCUUUCAUUCGAAAAGAGCAACCACUUCUAGAAGCACCACUACGUGAAUCAAACUCAAAACAGAUCCCUGCUCAGCCUUUGCAGAAAAGUUCGCCUCUCUCACAAAGCAGAACGUCUCUCCUUGGCAAAGACGCGUCACAGUCAGGAGGUGGGACAAUGUUGAGGCGCUCGCAAUUCGUGCAGUCAGCUGCCGCGAUUGGUCUAGGAACGCCCUCUGGUGAAGAAAGAAAGAAUCCGGAAGUACCUAGCACUAGUGCUGGUACUGUAGUUUCUCACCAACACCAACGACAACAUGCACCACCAGAAAAAACAUCUUCAACUUCUGCGACUCAGGAGGUAAUAGCAACAGCGAAUGGCGGAGUGGGAAAUCAAAUACGAGGAGGACGAGGGGAGGUCGCAAGAAGCCCACAAGACGAGAAGCCGCCAGUGAGAAGAAAUUCCUUCAUGGAACAAUUCCCACCACCACUGCCUCUGCCCCCACAAGAUGCAGCCCAGAAGGCAAGCCCUGGAAAUAUCGGAACGGCAAGGGCAACUGGGGGGUAAUACAGGAUCGUAUAUCUUUGUCGAAGAUGAAAGAUGUUUAAGGGUUGCAUCUUCUUGAUUUGCGCCGUGUGCGACAAGAACAUCAAGAUGGCAAAAUACAUAGGUUUUUGAUCACUUGAAGGACAAGCAACGGAUCUAGGAAGUCUUCACAUUUAUUACCCUUUACUGAGAAUCGCUUUUCAUGUGCCAACUUCAGGAGGACUUCUCUCUUCAACAGGACUGCGGUUGAUCGGACAAAGGUCCUAGAACGCGAAGACCUUGCAAAGCGCUUGCAGCUACGUAAGGCCGCUGCAAUGCACAGGCGCUGUUUCAACUAUUGGCUGGAUAAUCCGUCUGCGCCUUCAGUAGAACAACUUUUUGGAGGUAGUACUACUAGUAGUGCCCUUGUUCCACAUCGUGGAGGCCUGCGCCCACAAACGACUCAACAUCUCUACAGACAAGGUAGUGUUGGAAACAUCAUGUUGCAGAGACAGUCUAGUACAAAGAAUCUACUAGCAGGAACAUCAAAGUUUCAACAGUCACCAAAAAUUAAGGCCUCACUUAAUCCAUCUUUUAGGCCAUCUCUGGCCUGUUUUCAAGAAGAAAAAUAGAAGCAGACGAGGCAAAAGCUGGGUUGUAGUGAGUUCUAAAAAAAAGAGAAAUUUAGAAGACUGCUGGGCGAGGAAUAUCAAGGGCCAUUGGGCUGCUGUGCGAAUACAACGGUGUUGGGCACUGUAUAUCUGGCAACGGAACUUUGGUCUCUUUGUUAUGAUCAAGUUGUAAUUCCAAGAUGAAUUUAUAGUUGAAUCUUCAUGGUACUAAGGUAAUGAUAGCUCUCUCGGGUCACCACCACCGUACUCGGUUAAAUUUCAUUUUUCGUUUUGAUUCAUCAGGUCGUUUCUUUACCAAUACAGGUCCUCGACAUGAUCUAGAUCUUACCCCAGUUGUCUCCGUCGUUCUUACCCCAGUUGUCUCCUUCGUUCUUACCCCGGUUGUCUCCUUCCAACGUACUAUCCCCUAUCGCCUUCUAACCCCUGCCGUCGCGUUAUGGAUUAUGUUGGCUCUUUGGACUGGUUGCAGCGCCACGACAAACUUUAUGGUACGGAAAUGGCAGAAGCUUGUGACGAACAGAGAUGGGAUUCGGAGUAUCAAACGUGUCCUGCUGACGAGCAGACAGAUCCUUUUAUGGCUGACGAACGAUCAUAGACUAAAAAUCUCACCUACAUACUCACGCGGCAUACUUUUUAAAGCGAAAACAACGAGGACCCAAGCAGAUGCUGCUGAAGAUGGAUGUCUCUUAGUUCUAAUCCUUGGGGAAACAAACACUUGAAGGAGCACCUGCAUAGAAUGUGGUAUGGGGCGUAGUUGUCAGGAGUACGAGUAGUGGGAGACGCGUUGUUUUGUUAGUCGCCUAGGCAAAGACCGCGACCGUUUAAGUUUUCCUUAAAUAUAAGAACAGAAAUAUUACGCACCGUGAAAGACAAAGAUUUCAACUCUUGUUACGCUCUCGCAAUUAUCUCAAAACCUUUUUUGCGCACCAAGAAGAUUUUAAAUAGAGACGGCUAGCUACAGCACAAUUUGCUAGAACGGAAGCGAAACACUUUUGCAGAUGCGAUGAGAAGCUCAUAGGGAGAAGAAUAUCAAAAGUAUCAAGUAGAAUCUAAAUAUCCUGCUGGUGGCCGUUUGGUCUGUCGCCGGAUGAGCAUUUAGAUUGUUGUGGGUGAAAUUCGAUACAAAGUUCAGUGCAUCAU